AUGGAUUCAGACAGAUUAACGAGUGCUAAAAAGAAGUUAGGAAUAACAUAUGAAUUAAAGGUAGAACAAAUUACUGCACUUCGUGCUUUCAUAGAGUCAAAGGACCUCGUGUGUUUACUUCCGACUGGCUUUGGGAAAAGUGUUAUUUUUCAACUAAUGCCAUUUCUUUCCGAUGAUCCCAUGGCAGUUGUCCUUGUAAUAUCACCAUUGAACGCGAUUAUGAAGGAUCAGGUUAUGAAACUAUGCGAAAGGGGAAUUCCAGCCUGUUUUCUUGAUAUUACGGGAAGAGAUGGUUCCACCUACAAGCUGAAACCUGCACUGGGGACAGAUAUUGUGGAUGACAGUGAGGAAAGAGAUGACAGCAGCAAUGAUGAUUACACUGAUGAAGAUGUUGGGAAGCUGCUGCUGAAAGUUUCUCCAGAAGAAGUGGCAACUGGAAAAUUUCGCCUUAUUUAUGCCCAUCCCGAGGCAUUCCUUUCUUCAAGAGAAGGAAGGAAAAUUUUACAAAGCCAAGCUUUGCAGGAUCAUGUGUGUGGUAUCUGCAUAGAUGAAGCACACAUGAUACAAGAAUGGGGUGAAGACUUUCGGAAGGAUUUUGCUAGACUACAAGAAUUGCUGGGUAUUUUCCCUAGGGUACCUGUGUCCCUUUUUACUGCAACGGCAUCCCAAUCGACAAAAGAAAAGCUGGUAAAAAACCUUGGUUUAAGGGAUCCAAUUUUGAUUUCAAAGAAUCCAGACAGACCAAACAUUAAAUAUCACAAAUAUGAACGACUGCCAAGCAUGCGACAAGAAGACGACCUUGACAAAAUUCUAGAAGAAAUUGUGACAGGUCUACAAAAGGACAUGAGACAUUACCCUCUCACCCUCAUUUACACUGAUUUAGAAUCAAUCAGGUAUGGAUAUAGGUCUUUGGAGAGCAAGGAACUCGGCAAAUCUGAGCCAGUAAUUCGAGUAGUUCUUGCAACUGUAGCUCUUGGUAUUGCUUUACAUACACCUGCUUUUCGCAAAGUUAUUCAUUUUAAAUGUCCAACCAGCAUUGAGAAAUACUUACAAGAAACUGGACGUGCAGGGCGAGAUGGGUUACCUGCUGAUGCAAUUUUGUAUUUUAAUAAAAACAGAUGUCAGGACCAACAGACCUGGGAUGCAAAACUCUAUGCGUCAAUACUGUAUUAGUACAGACACUUGUUUGCGUUUGCAAUUGUUACAGCAUUUAGACUACACGCCAGAAGUGGGAAACAAAAAAUGCAAAUGCUGCAAUGUGUGUGAAAUUUUAUGCUGUUGUUCAGACUGUGAAUUGUAACAUGGUGCCAUAGUAU